AUGACAGUGAGAAUUCCUUUGUUUUUCCUUAUGCUUAUGUUGACGCCGUUAAUUGCAAACCAAACGGAAUCUGACAGGGAUUCAGCAAUAUCUUCUCGCUUGAGUAACACAACAGAACCUGUGGCUUACGAAUUGUGGCUGGAGACGAGAAUUCACGAGAGAAUUCUUGACUACACGGGAAGAGUGAGGAUUGUCUUAAGGGCAUUAGAGGCAGCUAAUGUCAUUACUAUCAAUUCUGAGAAUCUUUUAAUCAAAAACUUCAGCCUCUACGAUCAUCUCAAUAAUAACGUUAAAAUUACUUACGAGGAUUACAAGAGACAAGCAAUUUUGGCAUUCUUCCUCGAUGAGCAUCUCAGAAUUGGUCAAAGUUAUGUUCUUGACAUUGAAUUCAUGGGAGUGCUGCAAAGCAUCCCGCGAGGAUUCUGCUACACUCGUUAUGUGGAUGAGCAUGGGGAAAUUUUCUACGUUGCCACAUCCUUCCUCCACGUCACCAAUGCAAGAAUAGCCUUUCCCUGCUACGACGAGCCUCGCUUCAGGACUACUUUUAAAAUACAUAUCACCCAUCAUCCCUCAAUGAUUGCCGCUUCCAAUAUGCCAGUAGCAAUGAUAAGAAAUAAUUCAGAUAUUUCAGUGACGACAUCCUUUCAAGAAUCUGUUACAAUGUCAGUGAAUUUAGUGGCCUUUACGGUGUGCAAUUACGUAUCUGUAAAACAUUUCCUCGAAGAAAAAAACCUAGAAGUGAGCUUCACCGUGCCAAGACACUUCGCAAAUGAGGUUGAUUUUGCUAAGGACGUUAUUAUAUCCGUAAUCAGUAAAUUUGAGGAAUACAUUGGAAUUGGAUACAACCUACCAAAGCUUGAGUCUGUUGUGGUCAAUGAUUUGAUGCACAAUGGUUUAGAAAAUUGGGGUCUUAUGGUUUAUGAUUCCAAAUCGUUGCUCUAUAACAAAAGUUUAACUACCACGAGCCAGAAAAUGGAGAUCGGACGGACAAUUUGUCAUCAACUAUCCCAUAACUAUUUCGGGAAUCUCGUAGGAAUUUCCUGGUGGAAUUAUGCUUGGUUGACUGAGGGAUUUGCCAAUUAUCAUGAAUAUUUGUUCACCAACUAUUAUUUGGAAGAGUUUCCGCUCAAUGAAAUGUUCGUUACAGAAUUCAUGCAGAAGAAUUUUGUCGAAAACUCUUACCUCAUGUCAAAUUCGCUCAACAAAUAUGUCGAAACUCGCAAGGAGAUAGAAGAUGCUUUCGAUUUUGGAAUGGUCAGCAAAGCCUCUGGAGUUAUAAGAAUGACUGAUCACAUGUUUGGGAAAAAGGUCUUUCAGAAGGGUCUUCAGAAAUAUGUCAAAGACAUGGCAUUCAAAGUAGCACAGCCCAAAGAUUUGUACAGAUGCAUUCAGGAAGCAGUUAAUGAAGAUGCAGUUUUAGAAAAAAUCAAUGUGGAGAGUAUUUUGAGCACCUGGACAGAUCAGCCGGGAUUUCCCCUGCUGACCGUCAUGAGAAAUUAUCAGACGAAUGAAAUUGUUGUAAAUCAACAGAGAUUCCUCGCAGCCCGCGACGAAUUCGAUCUUGAACGAAUCUCUUGGUAUAUUCCAUUGUCAUUCACAACAGCUCAACAUCCUGACAUGAACAAUACGCAACCAAGUGCCUGGCUUAAGCAAGGGAUGAGAGAACUUGUCAUUAGAACGAGUGACAAUCAGACAUGGACCUCAGAUGAUUGGGUGCUUUUCAAUAUCCAACAAACUGGAUAUUACAGAGUGAAUUAUGACAAUCACAACUGGAAGUUGCUUGCUAAUGAUCUCUACAAAGGCGCUCCAUACACCAUUGGAUUACUGAACAGGGCUCAGCUCAUUGAUGAUUCUUUCAAUCUUGCUUAUUCGGACAUUAUUCAAUUCAGUGUUGCUCUCGACAUCAUCAAAUACAUGAAAUAUGAGAACGAGUACUCGGUUUGGAUAACAGCUUAUCGUCAUCUCUUAACCAUGAUUCGACGAUUGGAAGGACCUUCUUAUGAAUUGUAUUUCGGGAGAUUUCUUCAGCAUCUGACUGAGACACACUUUGAGAAACUCGAUGUGUUUGAAAAUCUCCACGGAAAAGAUAGUGUUAGAAACACCUUCCUCAGACCAAUUAUUGUAGAUCUUGCCUGUCGCUCAGGAUUAGGAAAGUGUCUAACUGCAACAAGAACAAUGGUGACAGCAGAAGCUCUUACGGGUCAUGUUUUGACACCCCUUGAAAAACCUUCGGUCUACUAUUGCCAUGGACUCAAGAAUGCGGAUGAGAAGACAUUCCAGUAUUUUUGGAAGAAACUGAAUUCUCUCACGAAUGAACAAGAAAGGAUACAUAUAACAACGUCUAUUGGCUGCUAUCAUAACUUUGAUUCUCUGUAUUCUCUUCUCCUGGAAACUGCAAAUCCACACCUAGUGGAUGUCUUUUACACAAAUCUCGAGAGAUUCCAAAUCCUCGUCAACACUGUGAGAAAUGGUCACUUGCGUGUUGUCUUGCGAUUUCUCAGAGAAAAUCACGAUGACAUCUCCAGAACCUACACUUACAAUAUCCGCAUGGAACAAGCUCUAAAGGAUAUUGCAGCAUGUAUGCCUGAAGAAACGCAGCAAGAGUUUGCUGAUGUGUUGCAAGUGCUCUUGAAAGCGGGACAUAUAAACACCAAUUUGGUUGAAAGAUGCAUGAUUGAAAUGGAACUUCAUCGAACCUGGAUGAAUGAGAAUCAAAUGAAAAUCGAAAAUUGGAUAAAAGAAUAUUUUCGACCAGCGCUUCAGAGCUCUGGCGUGAUGUCCGUGAUUUGUUUUCCAUUGCUUCUGAUUGCGGUUGAACAAACACUUUUCCGUGUUUUCUAA